UUAUAAAUACAUUAACAGUCUGCAUUACAAUAAUCCCAGAAGAAAGGAGAAGAGAGAAACAGAACUGCAGUUCCACCCCCCUCCCUCCCCCGAAAAAACAAAAAAAACAUAAACAUUCACCUCUCUUCCCUUUCUCAAAUUUUCAUUUCACUUAUUCCGGGAAACAAACACAACUUAAAAGAAGCUUAAAUGCCAAGAAAAGGUAUGAGGAGCCUUUGCUUUAACCCAAAAACGCCGUCGUUUGCCCUUUCUCCUCUUUCUUCGCUUUCAACAACUUCUCCCUCAACUCCUGGCCGUAGAAUAUCUGAAUCCACAAUAGAACAAAUCAUAGAAACUGCUUCGUCGAUGAUUAUGAAAUGGAAUCCUGAAGGUUCCACUUACGCCAGAGUCACUUCUCUUUUCUAUGAGAAUAAAAAAGAAGCUAUGCAGUUUUUGAAGUGUGUAAACGAUUUGCAAAAGUCCAUGCACUUAUUAUCCUCUGAAGGAUCAACCGACGGCAGAAUUGUAAAAGCUCAACACCUCAUGCAAAUCGCCAUGAAAAGACUGCAAAAGGAGUUCUAUCAAAUACUUUCGAUGAAUCGGGCUCAUUUAGAUCCCGAAUCAGUUUCUGUUCGAUCUUCUGGUGCUUCUACGAGAUCUAGUACGUCCGAUUACGAAGACGAUGGUUCAGCGGAGGAUGAUGUGCGUGUUGCAGGUGAUUCCAUCUCUGAAGUUGAAGACGUUUCGUCAAUUGCCAUGGCGGACUUGAGAUCCAUUGCGGAGUGCAUGAUCGCUGCUGGUUAUGCAAAAGAGUGUGUAAAUGUUUAUAAAAUUAUUCGAAAAUCGAUAAUCGAUGAAGGCAUUUACCGGCUAGGCGUAGAGAAAUUGAGCUCAUCGCAGAUUCAUAAAAUGGAUUGGACGGCGUUGGAUUUGAGAAUCAAAAGCUGGUUAGAGGCAGUUAAAGUUUCGAUGAGAACUCUUUUCACCGGAGAAAGAAUUCUCUGCGAUCACGUCUUUGCUGCGUCUGAUUCCAUCAGAGAAUCUUGUUUUACUGAAAUAUCCAAAGAAGGCGCUAGUCUUCUCUUUGGAUUCCCUGAACUUGUAGCCAAAAGAAAGAAAUCAACCUCAUCAUCGCCAUCGGAGAAAAUGUUCCGUGUUCUCGAUAUGUACACUGCAAUAUCUGAAAACUGGAUGGAGAUUGAAUCUAUCUUCUCUUUUGAUUCACUCUCCAUCGUACGAUCCCAAGCCCUUGCUUCACUCGUUCGACUCAGUGAGUCGGUUCUCGUAAUGCUUUCCGAUUUUGAGUCGAGUAUUCAAAAGGACUCGUCCAAAACACCUGUUCAAGGAGGUGGUUUGCAUCCAUUAACUAUUUAUUCGAUGAAUUACUUAUCUCUGCUCGGUGAUUAUAGUUAUGUCCUCACCGAUAUUAUCUCGGAUUGGCCUCCACCGGCGAAGUCAUCGCUACCUAAAUCUUAUUUCGACAGUCCAGAUUCCGAUGAUUCUCCGGCACCGCCGAUAUCCGUUCGUUUCGCUUGGCUAAUUCUGGUUCUUCUAUGCAAGCUAGAUGGGAAAGCGAAGCAUUACAAAGAUGUUUCUCUUUCGUAUCUCUUCUUAGCCAAUAAUCUACAACACAUAAUAUCAAAAGUUCAGACUUCGAAUCUCCAGUAUUUACUCGGCGAAGACUGGAUAGCGAAGCACGAAGCGAAAGUGAAGCAAUUUGCAGCGAAUUACGAGAAGUUAGCUUGGGGACAGGUGUUUGAGUCAUUGCGGGCAAAGCCGACGGCAGACAUUUCGCCGGAGCAAGCCAGGGAGAGUUUUAAACGAUUUAAUUCCAGCUUUGAACAGUCGUACCGGAAACAAAGUUCUUGUAUUAUAUCUGACCCGAAACUCCGAGAUGAAGUGAAGGGUUCCGUAGCGGGAAAGAUUUCUCCAAUUUAUCGCGAGUUUUAUGAUAAGCAAAGGAAUGCUGUACCGGGACGGAGGAACCUGAAGUUAUUAGUCAGAUAUACCCCUGAAGAUGUAGAAAAUUACUUGUCAGAUUUGUUCUUUGGAAAUGAGACGAUCGAGUCUGUUUCCGUCAAUUCACAUUCAUCUUCCUCUGCGUCGUCGUCUCAACAGCGGCAUUAAUUGUAAUCAAGUUGGCAGCUUCGGAGUUUUUUCUUUUUUUCUUAUAUUCUUUUCUUUUUUUAUUUUUGAAUCGCCAAGGGCCCACAAUGUAUUUUGAGAAAUGUUGGACACAUUUCAUAGAUGAUGCAGUUGUUUACGUGUAAAUUUCAUAAAACGAUACGUAUACACAUAUGACAUAUCAUAUACACUUGUCUAUUGAUUAAUUUAAAUCAGUUUUUUUUUUAAA